UCUGAAGAUUAAAAUAUGCAAAUCAGCUAGCCUACAAAAGCACGCGCACGCACGACGAAACCAUCUUUCGUUUCGAGCACACGAGGGUGCUACCCGUUUUCACCUCGAAGGUAAGUGUCGUUGAUACAAUAGUGAUUUUUGAAAGAACGCGAGCAUUCUUUUUGCUUCGUUUUAAUUUUCUGUAUUUUGUUACCGAAACCGCGUAUUGACUGUUGUAGACACACGUUCUUAUUUUUGUUUUGAUAUUUUUUCAGGAUUUGGUCGCUUGCGUGACAAGCCACGUGCGUGUGUGGUUUUUUUCUAUUUAUCAUGUCUGACGUGUCAGACGACGCCCUAUCGUUAGGGUCGGAUAAUGAGUUUGAGUUUGAGGGGCCCGGCGUUAAUGUUGGAGCUAACGUCACUGUUUGCAGCGAAGCUGCAACUUCUCCGGUCAAAUUGGCCAGACCCAAGACUCGGCUUCAGUCGAAAAGGGUCGGUAAACAGAAAGGAAAACCGACGCAGUCGGAGAGUGUUCCAAGGAAAAAGAGAAAAGCCGGUGACGAGAAACUUGACUCUGUGUUGUCUGCUAUAGAGCAGUUAACGAAAGUGGUGGCUCAGAAAAAAGUUUCGGACGAGAACGUGCGAGACGUUCGCGAGAUCCAAGAUGGCGACCUCCGUGGUCGAGAGAUUGAUGAUUUAUCCUUGUUUGAAAAGGAGUCCGAGGAUGAUGGUUCGGAAGAGUUUGAGGAUGACGAGGUCUUCCAGUUAGCGGAUAUAUAUGACAAGGCCAAGUUCGGACCAGCUCUUUCGGCGAAAGUAGCGGAGAGCAUUACUUCUGCCGUCAGAACUAGGGCGGACGUGAGUAAACUGAACGAACUGUAUAAAAUUCCUGAGAAUAUUGAGGCACUGUUGCCCCCGCAUACCAACCACGCGGUGUGGAAUUUCGUUGGGGCCAACGCCCAGACAUGUGAUAGAGCCUUGCAAGAUUUUCAGAGACUUCUGGGCCAUGCUAUGGUCCCUUUUCUGACUUUGGUCUCCAAAUUUCAGAAGUUUGGGAAGAAGGGGACGUCAGAGAUUAGUGUUGAUUCAAAAGAGAUUAAGAAGACGUUGUCCGACGGACUAAGUCUUUUAUGUAAUGUGCACUAUGAGCUGUCAGUGAAACGGAGAUGGUUUAUUCGUCCGUCAUUGCCCUACAAACACUUGUAUCCGUUGUGUAAUGCUGAUACUGCUAUCACUACAGAACUUUUCGGUGAUAAUGUAGAGAAGAGAAUUAAGGAGCUUGAUGACUUGAAUCGUUGCACGCAGAGGAGAGGUCGAGCUUUCGGCAAUCGAUACAAUUCUGGUUAUCGUGGUGGACGGUCAUCAAAAAACUGGCAGGCCCCGUGGGGGCGAGGAGGCUACAGAGGGUCCCAGCUGUCUCACAGAGGGAACUCGAGGUUUCACAGAAGGGGGAGAAGACAGUUUCAGAGCAACCCCAGCAACGAUGCCAACCAGGGGGCAGGAAAAACAGUCAACCAGUAGCACUAAAGGACACUGAACCUGACCGCAUGCGUCAUCUCAGGGCAGCCCUCCAUCAUAGAGGCUUAUCAGAAGAGGCUACCGAUGUGGCGCUCCACUCAUGGCGACGAGGAACUGCAAAGGCUUAUAACUUGGCGUGGCAGAACUGGAGAGUUUGGUGUGGUGAACGGAAAAUUAAUUCUAAUAACCCGACUGAGGAGAUGAUUUGCGACUACCUUUUAUCAUUAAGGGCUUUAGGGCGAUCAUACAGUGUGAUUAACACUCACAGGUCCAUGCUAUCACAGACGCUGGAGUUGUUGGGAUGUAGCGUAUGUCGGAACAGUUCGGUUAUUACUAGGGUUAUGAAAGGAUUAUUUAACCAGAACCCACCUUUGCCCCGGUAUGUCGAGACAUGGGAUGUGUCAAAGGUAUUGACUUUCCUACAGAAUUUGCCGCCAGUAAUUUCCAUUACUCUUAAAGACCUUUCGUUGAAACUUGCUUGUCUGAUUGCAUUGACGACAGCUCAACGUUCACAGACUUUGGCAGCUCUUGAUAUCACCGCGAUGAACAGGACAGAUUUGAUUUGUACCUUUUACAUUAAAGACCUUUUGAAGACUACCAGGGCUGGUAAGUCUUCGGCUUCACAGGUAGUGAAGCUGUAUAAAUAUGAACAAAAUGUGGCAUUAGAUGUGUUAACGGUGUUGGACAGGUAUUUGGAACUGACUAGGACAGGGCGUCUUAGUAAUAGACUGUUUGUUUCAUACAAAACUUUUCGUGCUGUGUCAUCUUCAACCAUAUCACGAUGGGUUAAGGAGAUACUUACUCUUUCGGGUGUUGCAUCAUCUUUUACAUCCCAUUCCACUAGAGGGGCUUCAACCUCUGCGGCCUUUCGGGAAGGCGUUCCCCUUGGUGACAUUUUGCGUACUGCGAAUUGGUCCUCUGCCAGGACCUUUGCCAGAUUUUAUCACAGGGACAUUUCCAGGGGUGGCGAUUUGUUUGCUAAUUCCGUGCUAGGAUCGGCGGGUUGACUUCCUGCAGGUUUUCGGUUUUGAACUGAUGUUAUGUAACAUUCCUGGAUAUCUGGAUUUGACCUGCACUUUUGAUGAUAUUUGGGGAAAAUUUGAACUUUUCAAUGGUUUAUGUUCCUGCAUUUUAACAUGUACUAUGGUGGUGCUGGAUAUUAUAUCAUGAUAGAGGA